AAAAAAAAAUCUCCAAAUCCCUCUCUCUCUAAACUCUCGUCACCGCCAUGGACGAGACCUCCAUCAUUUCGAAGCUUGAAACCUCCUGCUCCAGCGGCCUUCAUCCCCUCGUCUCCGACUACCUUCAGCCAUUUACCCAACUCCAGAAUCCCAAGAAAACCAAAAAAUCAACCAAAUCCCAAGACCAGCAAACCCUUCUCCGCUCGCUUGCUAAGAAGUUCCUCCCCUUCAUCAACCGCACGCUAUCCCUUCUCCCCAAACGCCUCGCCGGUUUCUCCAAGUUAGAUGACGAAUUUACCCUGGAACUCUUCGAUAUUUACAGGCUUUGCCUCGAUUGCCUGGACUCCUUGUCCUCUGUGUUGUCCGGUACGCCCUACUCGUUUAACCUCCAGAGGGUUCGGAUGGUGACAUGCCUCGAGGCAUGUGGGCGGUACAAGGAUGCAGAGAGCGAGGGGUUUAGGGUUUUGGAGAGCCUUAAGGCGAUUGAAUUUGGGUCGAACACACGGGUCAAAUCGGACCGCAGAUUUGUGCCAGACGUGGAGAAGGGGAGCGGUGAUAAGGAUUUGGGGUCUUUAGUCGGAGGAAUUGUGGUGACGCUUGUGAGAUGUGCGGGCAUGAAUCAAAGUAAGGAUAGUGAGGUGUAUAGGAGGGUUCUUUGUUUGGUUGAGGAGGUCAUGCCGUGGUUCAGGGUAUUAGACGCAAACACAUAUGAGAAGUUGCACAGGAUGCUUGUGUCCUCUCUGAGUAAAUGUACUCAAUUUUUAGUUGGGGAGCUAUCAUCAUUUGAGGGAGAUCUUGUGAAAAUGUUCUGCCUUGUAACCAUGACUGAGUAUGCCAAGUCAUCAAUGAAAGAUCAAAUUUUCAAGUUUGCUCAUCGGAUCUGUUCAUCUUUAUUUUUGUUUCAAAAGGAUAGAUGCUUGCUCAUUGACAUAUUAUUUUGCUUGUUGGACUCCCUUGUUCUCGAAUGUAAGGUUGAAGUGGAAAAUACAGGAAAAGAGUUUGUUGAACUUAUUGCUUAUUGUGCCAAGAAAUGUCGAACUACAAAUACAAAUCUUUGCAGUAUUAUUGGGUCCCAUUUAAAUGAAUUAGCGGGUGAUUUCCAUCAGGUUAGAACACCUUUUCAUUUGAUUCUGAGGCUUUAUGCCUCUGGAUUGCACUUUUUUGAUCGCAGUAUGAAGUCAAAAGCUGGUGAUCUUCGAUCCUCUGGAGGUGCAAUUAGAAUUUUGCAUGAUGAUGGGGAUGCAAUGAAUCGCUUGUCUGAUUUGCUUAGUUUGUUGAGAAGUUAUUUCCAAAUUGGCCACAAUGAAGACACUGUAUUAUCCAAUUUGCAGUUGAUUUCGAAGAGUGCAGCCUCCAUGAGUCAACUUCAGAGGGAUAGAAAGGACUAUAUUCUGUCUUACUUUAACGCAUUGAAAUUCUUAUGCCAGCCACUUACGGAGUUAGUAAAUUCAGGAAAGAAAGAGAUUCUUACUGAUAACGAAGCUGCUUCUGUUUCUACUGAACUGUGUGAUAUCCAGAGUGCUUUCCAUCAGUUUUAUGAUGUUUUCGUUUUUUUUCAAACGUGCAGAUGUACAUAUGAGGUGGAUAGAGAUGUAUUUGACGACAGAGAUAUAUUUGAUGACAACAGCAUCAUUGGUGUUGCUUUGGCUUCUUUUACCCUCUCCAUCAGAACAAAGCUUAACAUACAGAAGAGUGUGCAAAUACUUGAAAAUGUCAUCACCAGUGACUGGAUUCAACCUAAUGGUCUGAAGCAUCUAUAUGUCUCUCUCUACAAUACUGGUGUACUUUUCUACCGAAACAAGGAAUUAAAAGAGGCAUCAGAGGCAUUGAAGUUUUGUUGUAAAGCAUCAUGGACUUGUGUUAUACGUGUUUGUGAUAUGUUUGUACACAAACUAAAGGUGCCCCAGGUUGAUCUGUCGGAAGAUGCUAUUGUAGAUUUCUUUGAUGAGUGCUGUAAGAGAAGUGCCUUUCUUUUGGAUGUUCUUAAUCAAUUGCAAAGUCACGAUGUGAAAAGAACUAUAUUAGAGGGCUUUGAAAAUUGGUCUAUUGCUGCAAAUUUGUUUCAGAGGCUGCCAGGUCCGUUGUCUUUGGUGAAGCAGUGGGUUAAGAUGGAAUGUAAACGUUACAAGAAUGUGGAUGUUGAGGAUGAUGCUCCUACCUUAUACAGUUUGCUAUCAUCUUCUAAGAAAGUAACAAAGAAGACAAUCGAAAUUGUCUUGGAGCAGGAACUUCUUGCUUAUGAGGAAAUGAAUGAUGUGAACCCUGAGUUUUGUCAGAAAAUGCAAAUGAAAAUUAUAGAUAUCCUNNACGUGCAUGUCACACCAGAUAGUUGCUUACAAAAAUCAAGAAUUUUAUUGAGAAAGGGAAGAGCAUUAAGGCUUUCUGGCAUCAGCGGUCUGAAGGGCUGUAUUCAGUGUUUAUCAGAUGCAAUAUCUUCACUUAAUGAGAUGUAUGAUGAAACCUAUAUCCAUGAAAUUUCUCCUUGCCAUCAAUUAGCUGUGGCAUAUUGCUUACGCGCACUUUGUACCCAAGAAGCUGAACCCAACUCGAAGCAAGUGCUUGAAGAUAUCAGUUCUGCCAUUAAUUUAUGGUUGGGCAUUUCUACUCGAAAUAAUUGUUCUCCAGAUGACAAGUGCUCUAUGGUGUCAGAAAAUAUUAUGUUGCUGCUUUACAAUGCUAUUGAUUUGUUAUCCAUCAAGGGUUGCAUGGACUUUCACAAUGAUAUACAUAGGCUCAUGAUUAGAUUAUUUAAAUGGAGGGAUGUCCCAUUAGAGAAGUGUGUGGCCAGAUUGUGGGAAUGUAGAAGGAUUAGCCAUGGCCUUUGUGCUUCACCUGUGAAUGAGGCAUUCAUCAUGAACUUAUCAGAUCAUUGUGGUGAAAAUUCAAAGUCUAUUGAGUUUUGGGUAGAUUGCCUGAAAGGAUCCAAACCACUUCUAUUAGCGUUCCAAUAUAAUUUAUCAUCUGUGUCUCCAAACUUUCCUCGGGGCUCAUGCAAUUAUGAAAGCUCAUUUCGAUCAGAUAUCACAAUUGAUGAAGUUAAGGAAGCUGCUUUUGAACUUAUUUCAAGUGUUCCUGUAUCGAGUUCGUCUGCUUACAUAGCUGGAUAUCUCUACUAUGAUUUAUGCGAAAGACUUGUUUCAAAUGGAAGGUUAAUUGAGGCUCUGUCAUAUGCAAAGGAAGCUUACCAGUUGCGUGCUAAACUAUUUAGAGAGAAAUUUAUGUACUCUUCUGAACAGUCCAAAACGUGCAAUGAAGCUGGGGGUAGCGGUGAGAAAUUAACAUAUCAUAUUCAGGAUAUGCAUAUGCACAUAUCAGUUGCUAGUGAAUUUUGGUCCUUUGAUGCUAGCCUAUGUGACUUGGAACGUUGUUAUCUGAGUCCAUGGAAUGUGCUUCAAUGUUAUCUUGAAAGCACUCUUCAGGUAGGCGUUAUCCAUGAAAUAAUUGGAAACAGAGCUGGGGCUGAAGGUUUUCUACAAUUGGGAAAAGCUAUUUCCUGCUCACAAAGCUUGCCACUAUUUAUAAUUGUUUUUUCUACUGUAUUGGGAAAGCUGUACCACAAGCAGCAGCUUUGGGAUUUUGCAGAAAAGGAACUUCAAAGUACAAAGCAAUAUUUGGGGGCUAGUAGCACAGAUAUUUCUUGCUUGAAGUGCAGAUUAAUGCUGGAAGCAACUGUGAAUCAGAAUCUUGGUGAUUUAUUCCAAAGCAUGUUUUAUAACACAAGGAAUACAUCUUUAGAUAAAUUAUCUCUUGCUGAAAACCUGUACAAAUCGGCAAUAGCGAAGCUUAAUCUUUCUGAGUGGAAAAAUUUGGUUAGUUGUCCUGAAGAAGGCUGUGUUGAAAGCACAAGGCUUCGAAAAACUAUUCUUAAAGAUGUUGGAUCUUGUGCUAGCAGUACAUUUACACAUUCUGAAGAAAAUCAGGUGGAUAUUGGGAAACCCACUAGGGAGGGGCUGAAAGGCAAGAAGGAAGUUAAGAAGUGUAAAAAGACUAACAAUGCACCAAAACCGGUGGUGAAGGAUCAAGAUGCAAUACCUGAGUAUAACUUGAGGUCAACUCGGUCAAGAUAUCAAUCUUCUCAGAACCAAAGUAUAAGUGGUAAUGGAGUUGUCCAAGUUGGUCAUUCAAAACAAUUGAAAAGCAAUAGCAAGUCUGAUUGUCCUGAUACUUUUAGGAAGAGGGAAUUUCUUUUGGAUUUAAAAAGUUGUGAGGUUGCUUUUGGGUGUGAUGUAACAUGCAUUUGCAACAAAAUGAGUUGUUGGCAGUGUCUUCCUGUGGAAGUUUUGGAUUCUGGGUUAGUUAAAAAUUUAGUUGAUUUGAAGUGGGAGUUUGUCCGCAGGCGCCUGUCACUCAGGCUUCUCACAGGAUUAGGAAAAUGCUUGGAGAGUCGUGGUCAGAUUCAUGAAACACAUGAAAUUACGUUGCAAACCGUAUCAAUCUUGGUCAGCCGAAACGCAUUUUGUCUUAUUAUCUCAUCUGUUUCAUUGACAUCCUUUCUCAAUUUAAUGGGAAAGGAGAUCCCAGGGGAUGUCUUCAGUGUUGAACGGGCAGAAGUACUGUUGAAUAUAAGUUGGUUGUCUUUGAAGAGCUACUGUUCUAAGGAAACCAGGAUUAUUUGCUCCGAUCUGCCUCGUAUUGAGCUUCCAAAACUAGUGUCUUGGUUGAUGCUAGCCUUUGUUCUCUGCCGUGACGUUCCUGUACUUUUUCAGAAGGUUUCCAGAUUGCUUGCUGCUAUAUUUUUACUUUCUGCCUCUAGUGAGCGUUUUUCUUUGUCAUCUUCUUCGAAAACUCUCUGCGAAAACCAUUGGGCUUCUUAUUUUCAUCAAGCUUCACUUGGCACUCAUCUUAGUUACCAAUUUUUCACAAAUGGAUCUGACAUAUGUAACGUUCAACACCUUGUAAAUGCUGAGGUUACUGGCUCAACUUGCAUGGGAUCAGGAAAAAAAAAAUUACUCAGGCUUGCACCUGAGUCUAUUCAAGAACUUGAAGAAUUUGUAACAAUAUUUUUUGCCGGCCUUCCUUGCACAACAAUCAUCUGUAUAAGCUUGCUUGCAGGCCCUUAUGUUAGUUUGUUAGAAGAACUAUUCCCCGUUCCUUCUUGUGUUCAUGCAUGGAUUCUGGUAUCACGCCUGAACUCUGAGAGUCAACCUAUCGUUAUGCUUCUGCCAGUGGAUUCAGUAUUAGAAGGUUCUGCAGAAGAUUCAGAUGAUGUUGCGAAUUCUGGUUCUGGUAGUUUUUCUGAAAGAAAGGAUACUGGAAAGCGUUGGCACUGUCCAUGGGGUUUCACUGUGGUUGACAAGGUAGCUCCAGAAUUUAGGUUGAUAUUGGAGGAGAGUUUUUCGUCAGCUUCAUUAAUUUUUGAAGAAGAUACAAAAAACGCUUGGACAUUCUGGUGGAUGUGGAGACAGAAGCUUGAUCUUCGCCUUGGUAAAUUGCUGAAGAACUUAGAAGAUUCAUGGUUUGGUCCUUGGAGGUGUGUGCUUCUGGGAGAAUGGUCAAACUGCAAGCAGCUGGACUUGGUACAUAAGAAGCUGGUGCGGGAUUUGAAAUCUAAGUGCAAAGUGGACAUAGAUGAGAGUCUUCUCAAAGUCAUUCUUGGGGGUUCCAAAGAUGCCUUUGAAGGAGGUGCAUAUGUUUCACAGCUCUGUUUUAAGAAAGGUUGCUAUAUUGGUAAAGCUGGAUGUUCUGAGGAAGAGAAGUGUUUGAUAUCACCUGAUGAAUCUAAUGGUAUUGGGAAACAGUCCGAGUUGGCCUUCCGACUAAUACAUGAAGCAGUAAAUGAGCUUGAAGGGCUAUGUUCUGUAAAUAGAGAGCCAAUAAUUCUAGUACUGGACUUCGAGGUUCAGAUGCUUCCUUGGGAGAAUUUACCAAUACUAAGAAACAAGGAGGUUUAUCGCAUGCCUUCUGUUGGGAGCAUCUCUUCAACACUGGAGAAGAACUACCACCAUCAAGAUCAAGUCGCGAAUAAUAUUACUGCAUUCCCUUUGAUAGAUCCAUUGGAUUCAUUUUAUCUCCUGAACCCCAGUGGUGAUCUUGGUACCACGCAAAUCGAAUUUGAGAAGUGGUUUAGAGAUCAAAAUUUGGAGGGGAAAGCUGGAUGUGCACCCCCAGCUGAAGAAUUGGCAGUGGCCUUGAAAAGCCAUGAUCUCUUUAUAUAUUUUGGCCAUGGAAGUGGGGUACAAUAUAUACCUAUGCAUCAAAUUCAGAGACUGGAAAACUGUGCCGCUACUCUCCUGAUGGGAUGUAGUAGUGGUUCCCUGAAACUGAAUGGGUGUUAUAUUCCACAUGGUCCCCCACUGUCUUAUCUGCUAGCUGGUUCUCCUGUCAUUGUUGCAAACUUAUGGGAAGUGACGGACAAGGAUAUUAACCGAUUUGCGAAGGCCAUGCUUGACGGUUGGCUAAAAGAACGAUGGAGUCCCUCUGAGGGCUGUGUCCAAUGCAAAGUAGCAGAAGAAUUUGAAGCCAUGAGCAUUAGGGGCCGCAAAGGUAAUGCCAAGAAGAAAGUAUCAAAGAAGAAAUUGCCUGAAGCUUGCGAGAGCAGCGAUCCCCCAAUUAAGAUUUCUUGUGAUCAUAAGCCGAAGAUUGGAUCAUUCAUGAGUCAAGCUCGCGAAGCUUGCAGUCUUCCUUUCUUGACUGGAGCAUCACCAGUAUGUUAUGGUGUUCCAACAGGCAUAAGGAAAAAAGAUUUGUAGCACCAUCAUGUGGAAAUGUGGCAUGCUCUCCAAGUUCAUCAAUUUUGGUUUUUAAGUUUCUAGUCUCCAAUUUUGGCAAACCAAUUGUUGGAAACCUUUGGUCCGUGUUCUAGCAAGAACCAACAAACAUGUUGAUGUUCGCUAAGUUCCUGAAGUUUCCCACAUUUUAUUCCAUGUAAUGUGGCUUUUUUUUUUUGGCCACUUAUAGCGUAGUUUGGGAAUGCAGGUUAAAUGUGCAAUGUAAAUGGAUAAUGGAAACUGUAUAUAAUUUUUCUUUCUUAGUGCCAUUAGUUGUAUUGUACAAAUAUUAGACCACUGAUAGAGAAAUGAUCAUUGUUAAUUCAACAAUUUCCACUGCUACAUCAGAUGCAGUAACUUGUAGAAAGUCUUUACCCUAUUUUAUUGGUUUUUAUGAUA